AUGGCGGGCAGAAUCUGGUUUUUGAAAGUGCUGGUGUGCGCGGCUAUAUUCAUAGCCUCUUCAAGUUUUGCAGAUAAUGUCUCAUCGAUCACUCGAUUCUCGUCCGACGAUGACUCCCUGUUUCUGACCCCACUGAUUGACAAGGACGACAUCGCCAGGGCACGAACUCUGAGCGAGGUUAAAUUGGGCAAGCUGAAUUAUGAGCUGCGAAGUCAUUCUGGUUACAUCACCGUGGAUAGGUUACUUGGCAACCAUCUGUUCUUCUGGCACUUUCCGUCCCAGGAGAGUGAGAAAGCUCCACUUCUAAUGUGGCUGAAUGGCGGGCCAGCAGUCUCCUCAAUGCUCGGUUUAUUCUGGAAGCAUGGGCCAUUGGAGGUCAACACAGAGAAAUAUGGUACGAAUUACUCCCUACGAAAGCAUACUUGGGUUGGACCAUUCUCUGUAGUUUACGUUGAUAACCCUGUUGGAACCGGCUACAGUUUCUCCGAAGUAGGGGAGGCAGGUUAUAAACUGACGCAGGCAGGGUACACGCACGAUCUGUAUAACUUUGUUCUGCAGUUCUUCAAAAUGUUCCCUGAAUACAAAACUAGAGGUUUCUAUAUUGGUGGUCAGUCUUACGCGGGAAAGUACGUCCCAGCUUUGGCUCAUAAAAUAUACACACAAAGACACAACGAAUCUGCUGAUAUCCCUCUGGCUGGGAUCAUAUUAGGAGGACCUUAUUUCGACCCACCUACAGAAAGUGUGGCCUUCUUCGACUUCCUUUACGCGGUAGGUGCCAUAAGCUACUACGACAUGGAAAGACAUAAGGCUAACGUGAAGACCAUGUACCAAAAAUUUCUUGAGGGCGGCAUCGUCAAACAAACCUUCUCUGAACUGUUCACAGACCUGGUUCUCUUGAAAGAGCUCCCCUUGCCCUCAUUAGAUAACUACGUCACUGGGAAACCAGCUGAUUACAACCAGGUGCAGACGAUAAUGAGCUCACCGGAAAUGCGAAAGGCUGUACACGUGGGAACCAGACGUUCCUAUUUCGCGUCCAACGACAAUCUUUCGGAGCGCUAUGGCCCGGAUGUGUUUGUUAGCACUAAACCUCAGAUGGCAGUCAUUCUGGACAAUUACAAAGUCUUGAUUUACAAUGGCGACUACGAUGUGGUUGUCAGCUCGGCGAUGAUAGAAGCAGCAUUGAUGUCCACUAAAUGGUCGUUGCAGAAGGAGUAUAACAAUACUCGAAGACGAAUUUGGAAUACCCCAGACCGAUUGAAAGGUUUCUUCUCCUACACGGGGAAGUUCUGUCGAGUUGUCGUCCAUGGCGCUGGUCAUCAGACACCGCAUGACCAGCCGGACUCAAGUCUGGAGAUGGUGAAAGGUUUUCUAUAUCAAGGUUGUAUCAAGCCGGAAAACUAG